UUUGUGAAAUACGCACUCAACAAAACACUUUUUAGGCCGCUGACAGGGAACCAAACGGGAAAAAAAUCACUGAGACACUUUAUUUUAGUUGAAAAAAGGAGUUAUUUAAUCUUAAAAAACUAUUUUCGAAUAGUUUCAAUCUAAGCUACAGGAAUUUCAGUGCAAAAAAUUCGAAGAAACCACCGGAACUAUGGCAACAAAACCGGGAAAGGGCGAUGGCAAGCAGGGCAAAGGGAAGCUGAGGACCUCCAAGAACAAGGUCGAAGGCGGCGGGGGCGGUGGUGGCGAUGCCGAUGACUUCGAUGCCUGGAUGAAGUCCCGCCAGUUGCUCAAGCCCGAUGACCAGCUGGAUCUCACCGAGGCGGAGCUGGGCGAGGAGGUCACCAAGGUCCUCACGCCCACCAACACCAAUGUCAUCCGGAAUCUCGUGGUCUAUAGCUUUAAGGAGGGUGAGUUUGUCUUGGCUCCAGUGCCUGGCAAUACGGUCACCCUGAUCGCCUUUCCCGGAAACUCACUGCACAUCGAUUCGGAGGAGGGUCGUCGCCAGAUCGAGGAGUCGGACGAGAUCGGCUACCCGCUUCCCAUGCCCAACUACACGGUGGUGGAGCAGCGCGAGCCCGAAAACGUCGAUGGAGAGGAGGGAGAGGGCGAGGAGGACGACGAUGGCGCCAACGCAAAGGAGGGAGGAGCAGAGGAGGAGGAGGUCGAGGAAGAGGAUGAUGAGGAGGCCAAGGGCACCGAGGGCGAUGAAGGCGAGGGGGAGGGCGAGGGAGAGGGUGGCGCGGCCCGCGCUGAAGACGAAGAACAGGCCCAGCCGGUGGCAGCCGCUUCCUCCAAAAAACGGAAGCUGAUCAACCAGUUCAACUACUGCGAACGUGGUGCCUUAACUUACUCAAAUCCCAAGAGGAAUGUGGACACCCAAACCAUUCCUCCACCACGCUCCCAGUUCGGGGCCAAUGUGCUGCAGUGGGUCAUCUACGAUUCCUAUAUGGAGAAUUUCGAGGAACAGCAGCGGGAUGGCAGUAAGAAGGAGGACCGCAAGCGUGGCAGACGGGAAAAGAAGUUCCGGGACAAGACCGCCAUUGCCGAGCAGCUGAACAAGAAGUAUCUCAAGUGCUGGCAGAUCCUCGAGCGCAUGAUUAACCAGAAUAUCUACGACGACAUUGCCCACGACUACCGCUACUGGGAGGAUCCAGCCGACGAGUUCAGGGAGGGCGAGGGCAACCUGCUGCCCUUGUGGAAGUUCCAGUAUGACAAGACCAAGAAGAUGAACGUCACCGACAUCCUCUUCAAUCCGAGCUACUACGAUCUGUUUGCCGUCUGCUUUGGAUCGCACGACUUCAUGAAGCAAACCAACGAGGGUUACUUGUGUCUCUUCACCGUUAAGAAUCCCUCAUUCCCGGACUACAUUAUUCAAACCGAUAGCGGGGUAAUGUGCUGCGACAUCCAUCCCACAUAUCCUUUUUUGGCUGUGAUCGGACUUUACGACGGAAAUGUGGCUGUGUAUAACUUGCGCGAGGACUGCAAGGAACCGCUGUACGUCUCCAAAGGAGUCAAUUGCAAACACGGCGAGUGCGUGUGGCAGAUUAAGUGGGGUCUGGACAUGACCGACGGCGAAGUGAACUUCUUCUCGGUUUCUUCCGAUGGGCGGGUCUUCAACUGGAUCCUCAUGCAGAACAAGCUGUGGGUCACCACCAUCAUCACAUUGUACCGGGAGAACGGCCUGGUGGACGGGCCUGAUGGUACCAAGGUCAGUCUGAAGAGCGGGGGCUCCUGCAUGGUGUUCCAUCCCUUCGACAACAAGGUUUUUCUGGUGGGCACUGAAUGUGGGUACAUCUACAAAUGCAGCACGGCCUUUAGCUCCAAGUACCUAAUGACCUACGAUGCCCACAACAUGUCCGUCUACCGCAUCGAUUUCAACCGGUUCAACAGCAACAUCUUCGUGUCCUGCAGCGGCGACUGGCGGGUUAAAGUGUGGGAGGACAUGCGUCCCGACCCUCUCUUCAUCUUUGAUCUGGGCGCUGCCGUGGGUGAUGUGAAAUGGGCUCCUUACUCGAGCACCGUAUUCGCAGCGGUAACCACUGAGGGCAAGGUGCAUGUUUUCGAUUUGAAUGUUAACAAAUACAAGGCUAUAUGCGUUCAGGCAGUGGUUCCGAAGCGGAAGAACAAGCUCACCAGACUGGCCUUCAACGAGAAGCUCGCCUUUAUUGUGGUGGGCGAUGAAAAGGGAGUGACCACAUCGCUGAAGCUGUCGCCCAAUCUCCGCAUGAUGGUCAAGCCGCCGAAGAAGCAGCUCUAUCUCGACCAGACCACUUUGCAGGUUGCCAAGCUGGAGAAGCUGCUGUCCCUGGUCCGUGAACUUCCGGAGGGCAGUGUGGUGCCCGAUGCAGCCACCACUGUGCGCAGCUAAAUCCGAUUCAUGAUCCCAGUUAGUUUGCUUAUGGCCAGCAGGAAAACACUAUAAUCUGAUUGUAUGUAUUUUAUUUUACACAUAGAUCUGCUGGUUAUAAAAGAAUUUUGACUCUUCCCUCUUAUGUUACGUUAUGUUCCUAUCAAUCUAACAAAAAUUUGCUAUCAACGUGCGGUUGACCUCAACCAACAUAAGGAACUCAGAAGCAAUGUAAAAAUCACAAAAUUGUAUAUAUGCUUAGAAAUCAAAUAAACGUUGAAUAAAACUUUA